GUCGCUUCGCUCGACGUCGCGUACCUGGCAUGUCCGAACCACCACAAAAACCAGAAGACCUCACUGACGCAUCUCUCUUUGCCGAUGACGAGAAGACGCAGCCGGCAGAGGACGAUAUUUUAAACGUCGUUCGCCAGAUCAAUCCCGAUUCGCUCGCGCGUUCGAGCAGUCUGAGCGACAACGUCAGCACAGUGAAGCAGGAGCCAACGCCCCCUCCUACCUCAGAAUAUGACCAAUUGCGCGCCCAGCUUCGCCAGAAACCGUUCGAAGCAGAUACGUGGCUGAGGCUUGUCGACAUUGCCGAAGACUCGGGCGACAUCGAGAAGAUCAAGGAAACCUACGAAGGAUUACUUGAAGCCUAUCCAAACACUUCUUCAGUGCAGAUUGCGUAUCUGAACCACUUCCUCGACAAUCCUGAGACGUUCGGAUUUGCCGAAAGCCUGUUCAAGCGAUUUUUAAGAACGUCGUCGUCGGUCGACUUGUGGAAGUUUUACCUCACAUAUGUCAGGAGAGUGAAUACAGGCCCGAAUGCUCGCGAUGUGAUACGCAAGUCGUAUGAAUAUGCGUUGAAUCAUAUUGGGCAGGACAAGGACAGUAGCGAGAUAUGGACGGACUACAUACAGUUUCUCAAAUCUGGCGAGACGACCACCACUUGGGAAGAACAGCAAAAAAUGGACGCGAUCCGCAAGGCCUAUAGCCGUGCGGUUCAGAUACCGAUGGAGAGCGUGAAGAAGCUCUGGGAAGAGUAUCAGGACUUUGAGAAUGGUCUCAACAAGAUUACGGCAAAGAAAUUCCUCUCGGAUCUCCAACAGGGCCAUAUGCAGGCGCGCACGGUGCUCAACCAGUUGCAGGAGCACCUCACAGUACUUUUCCCGCCCCCUCCCCCCUCGAGGACGGCACGACCGCCCAUAUGGCUGCCCCGUCAGCCGACAUUUACCGCAGGAGACAAAGCACUGGUUGGCCGCUGGCGGGGGUACCUCAAAUGGGAGGAAGGCAACCCGCUUGAGAUCGAAGAAAAAGACAAGGGGACCCUUCAUUCGCGCCUGCAAGCUGUGUACCGCAAGGCCAUUGUGCGCAUGCGAUUCUUCUCGGAAAUUUGGUACAUGGCAUAUGUGUGGACAAAUAGCAUCGGGAAAACGGACGAGGCGCUCGCUAUACUGAAGGCCGGCAUUGAUGCAAACCCGUCGAGCUUUGUUCUGAACUUCGCCUACGCCGAGGCCCUCGAGAUACGGGAAAACUACACAGAGGUACACGCCACCUUCACCAAGUUCCUUGAUGUCCUCCGACAAGAUCUGGAGGCAGUUGAGCGGCGAGUCAGCGCAGAAAACUCACCGUCGUCGACCGCACCCAACAGCCAGCAGGAGCCGCUCAUCCUUCCGUCACAGUUCUCGUCAUUCGUAUCGCAGGUGUCGGAGGAGCGGCCGUCGAAGAACAAGGAGCUGCAUGAGCGUCGGACGGAGUAUGGAAUCGCGUGGAUCAUGUACAUGAGGUUCGCAAGACGCGCAGAGGGAUUGAAGUCCUCGCGGGCGGUGUUUGGCAAGGCGAGGCGGGAUCGCUGGAUGCCAUGGGAGGUGUUUGAAGCUGCCGCAUUGAUGGAGUACCAUUGUACGAAAAAGACAGAUGUCGCCAGUCGCAUCUUCGAGAAGGGAAUGGAAACAUUCGGCGACGAGGUCGAAUUCGUCAUUCGUUACCUUGGCUUUCUCAUUUCUCUUAACGAUGACAAUAAUGCUCGCGCACUGUUCGAGCGUGUCGUCGGGACCUUCCCGCCGGAUCGCGCUCGUCCCUUAUGGGAGCGAUGGGGCCGAUAUGUGUACCAGUUCGGUGACCUGGACGCAUCUCGCAAACUAGAGGCACGGAUGGCAGAGGCAUAUCCGACCGACCCGCCCAUUAAACGCUUCGCGGAACGCUACAAGUAUUUAGGGACAGAUGCUAUCGCCGUCCGGGAUCUCGGUUUCAACGUCUCUCGACAAGGCAGCAUGAACCAUGGUCGUACGAAUGGCUCCACGCUAGGCCGCACGGAUACCCAGAUGUCGCUCAUGUCCACCGCAAGCACAACGCAAGGCCCCGCCAUCACGGGCACGAGCACAUCCAAGAGGGCGCAGUCGCCCGACCACAGGAGGCGAGACGAGAGCCGCGUGUCGGAUUUUGGCCCGCCACCGAAGAGACAGCGGCCGGCGUCGCGGGAGCGGGACAGGUGGGAGGGCCCGCGGAGACGGCACGGUACGCCACCGUGGGAGAGGGAUCGCGACCGUGAAGGGAUACCGCGUCGGUUUUCGAAGGAGGAGAAGGAGGAGGAGAAGCCGGUGGUGCUGCCGCCGGUACUGUCGUGGUUCAUAAGCGUCCUGCCAGAGCCUACAGCAUUCGAUGGUCCCGUAUUCAGGACGGACGACUUGAUGCAAGUGUUCCGGAAUGCGGUCAUACCAUCAACUUCGAGUGUGUCGAGGGUGCGCACGCCGCCCCCGCCUCCACGUGCCGGCGGACGACCUCCUCCAGAUUAUGGUCCAUACCAGGGACCGGGCCGCCGCGGGAGGUUUUAGUUCAUUGUCGGACUAGUUAGAUCACUACGAUGCGUGCUUCACCGUUUGUACGAGUGCACUUAUCAUAUCGUGAUAUGCAGGUUGAGCAUGGUCCUAGUCCUGAGUGUCGGGAAAUAUUGUAUCGCAGCGGCCAAAAUGCUGCUGAAUGUGAAAACUGUGUUUCCACCUCGUGCGUUCGUCGCGUACAGAUUCUGAGGCGCACCCAGUGCAUGUCAGUGUCUACGUCUCGUCUACAAUAUGUCAAAUCGUU